AUGACUUGUGUUAUUGACUCUGAGAAGAAGUGGAGAUAUAAGUAUAGAGGAACCACUCAGAAUGUGGUGUAUACCUUCAACUAUUACACCCCACCAGUAAACACAUUCACCUUCAGAGUUACUGUGUCAGAUCAGGAUCAGUACUGGUACUCUGUAGCUGGACCCAGUGAUGUGACUUAUGCUCAGAUUGCGAUAACGUCAGGGGAAAACAAGAAGAAGAAGAGAAAAGGUGAGACCAGCACCAGUCCAGGGCCUGUUUACUCAGAGCUGAAAAAGGCUGAGAGUGUACAUGACCAUAAGUACACUCACUGGAGUAACAGAGUGAAUCUGAAUGUUAUAGAGAGACCAAAGCCUGUUGUGAUACUGCAGCCUGAUAAACAGACAUUCAGAGGAGAGACUGUCAUUCUCAGAUGUGAAAUACAGGGAGAGAGAGACACUGACUGGGAAUACAGCUGGUAUAAGAAGAGUUCUUCACUCAGUCCUGUCAGUAAAGGUCAGGAAUACACAAUCAGUCCUGUUUCUGAGUCCCACAGUGGUGAAUACACCUGUAGAGGAAAACGCAGAAGAGACUCACAGAACUCAAAGAUGAGUGAUGCUGUAACACUGAUUGUGUCAUCAGGAUCAAAACCAAAACCUCAACUCACCUCCAGUCUUAAAGGAGCAGUACUGAGAGGAAACACAGUUACUCUGAGCUGUAAACAGGACCAGUCCACAAGAUGGGUGUUUUACUGGUACAGGCACACACAGGACUCUUCAGCACUGACACACACUGUUGAAGACUCCUACACAAUCAGUUCUGUUACACACUCUGAUGGAGGACAGUACUGGUGCAGAGCUGGAAGAGGAAACCCAGUCUACUACACACAAUACAGUGAUGCAGUCUGGGUAAAUGUUACAGAGAGUCCAAAGGCUGUUGUGAUACUGCAGCCUGAUAAACAGACAUUCAGAGGAGAGACUGUCAUUCUCCGCUGUGAAAUACAGGGAGACAAAGACACUGAGUGGGAAUACAGCUGGUAUAGGAAGAGUUCUUCACUCAGUCCUGUCAGUAAAGGUCAGGAAUACAGAAUCAGUCCUGUUUCUGAGUUUCACAGUGGUGAAUACACCUGUAGAGGAAAACGUAGCAGGGACUCACAGAACUCAGAGAUGAGUAAUGCUGUAACACUGAUUGUGUCAUCAGGUGAGUCUGUGUCUCCUCCAGCCUCUCUGAUCAUCAGUCCCAACACAACUCAACACUUUACAUCUGAUUCUCUCUCACUGAGCUGUGAGGUACAGAAUAACUCUACUGGAUGGACAGUGAGACGAUACACAGAUAAUGGAGAGGUGUCAGACUGUUCAUCAGACUGGGGAUCAGUAACAGGAUCUACAUGUAACAUCAGCUCCAUCCAGUCAUCAGACAGUGGAGUGUACUGGUGUCAGUGUGAUUCUGGAGAGAACAGUAAUCCUCUCAACAUUACAGUGACAUAUGGUGAUGUGAUCCUGGAGAGUCCUGUCCAUCCUGUUACUGAGGGAGACACUUUGACUCUGCGCUGUAGAUAUCGAAACGCCUCCUCAGACCUCAGAGCUGAUUUCUAUAAAGAUGGAUUAGUCCUCCAGAAUCAGACUACAGGAGAGAUGACCAUCCCUACUGUCUCAAAGUCAGAUGAGGGUCUCUACUGGUGUAAAAACCCAGAGAGAGGAGAGUCACCAAAGAGCUGGAUCACUGUCAGAGGAGUGGUGGUGGGACUGGGUGUUGCCUUUGGCCUCCUUGUUCUAAUGAUCCUGUGUUACUGCUCAAAAAAGUUGAAAGACAAGACCAGUACACCAGAGGAGGACACGGUUUACUCACAGCUGAAGUCAAACACAACCACAGGAACUGCUGAUAUUUAUGACACCAUUAAGAGUCCAGAUGAAGGCAGCAGAGGAAAUGUUCACAUCUAUGAUGAUAUUGAUAUUCCAAGUAGAGGAAACAGAGAUGAUCCUGUGGACGGGCCAAGAGACAAGACCGACACACCACAGGAGGACACAGUUUUCUUACUCCUAAGCUCAAACACAACCACAGGUGAGAUGAGUGGAAAGCCAGGCCCUAUCUACACAAAGCUGAAUUUGUGUUGUCAGAUCUCUGUCUCUGGCUCCCUGUCUCCUGGUCAAAAUCCAGGUCGGUGA